CAGAGAUCCUGCCAAGAUUUUACGCGGGCGCAGCGUCGCGAGCGAGCGUCGCUUUUAGGAUGGAGGUCCUCCGAGCGCAGCUGGAACGCGACCGCGCACCCUGUAUCCUUUGCGAUGCUUCAGUGUUGUCGUGUGACACCAUGGAGCAGCUGGAAGAGGAGCUGACGUGCCCGAUCUGCUGCAGCCUCUUCGAGGACCCGCGGGUCCUGUUGUGCUCACACAGCUUUUGCAAGAAGUGCUUGGAGGGACUUUUGGAGGGGAACCGAGUUCAGGCGUACAGAGCGCCCCUCAAAUGCCCAACUUGCCGCAAAGAGACCCCUCAAAACGGCGCAAACAGCCUGCAGGUCAACUACUCGUUGCGCGGAAUAGUGGAGAAAUACAGCAAAAUACGGAUCAUGCCCAAGAUGUCCGUGUGUAAACAACACUGCGGUCAGCCGCUCAACAUAUUUUGCGCCACGGACCUGAAACUCAUCUGUGGGUUUUGCGCAACGACGAGUGACCACAGAGGGCAUAAAUUCUGCUCGCUGGAGGAGGCGUGCGAGCGGGAGAGGGAGGCGUUCGAAGCGCUGCUGCGCGGAGUGGAGAGCUGGCGGAGCGCGGACACGCUGUCCUGCCUGGAGACACUGCAGGCCAAUAAGAAAAAGGCGCUGCAGUCGGUGACCAGGGACGCGGAGCAGGUGACGGACUACUUCGACAAGCUCAUCGGCGCCUUCGAAUGCAAAAAGAACGAGAUCCUGUCCGACUUCGAGACCCUGAAGCUGGUGGUGAUGCAGGCGUACGACCCGGAGAUCGCGAAGCUGAGCGCGGCGCUGGAGGAGCAGAGGCUGGCGCUCAGCAUCGCCGAGUCGUUCCGCAGCGUCUCCGAGCCGCUGGUCUUCCUGCAGCAGAUGCAGGAGUUCCGGGAGAAGCUCGAGGUCAUCAAGGGGACCCCGCUGCCCCCCCGGAGGUACAUGGACGCCGGGCCCUUUGUAACGAACUUCGACGUCAAAAAGUGGGAUUCGAUGAGGCUGAGAGAGGUGGACAAAAUCUCGGUGCCCCACGAGAGCGGCUCCUACCGGGCGGGGAGCGCGCGGGUGCCGGCGCACAGGUGGAAGAUCUUUUGGAUGAGCGUCCUGGUGCUGACGCUGCUCCUGCAGCCGUGCAGCCUCGCCGCGCACGUGUCCUCGCAGCUCGAGCCGUUUCUCGCCGCGGUUUGCUCGUACCUGACCCACAGUGACGUGUACCUGCGCGAAGUGACCGGCCUGUGCGCACGUCUGAUUGGCUCCGGCCAGGAAUGCGUCGUGAACCUAAUUGACUCCACUGUCAAUUUUAUUGGCAGUUGUAAGUUGUUUUAAUUACUUGCCUGUGGCGGCUCGUGCGCUCAAACCGACGUGUUUCCAGAGUGGCCCGUGAGAAGCACAAACUAAAUAGAUCUGCUUCUAAUCACAUGGAGACACUUGUUUACAUUAUUUAGAUUUACUAGUAUUGAUUUUUCACCAGACGAACGCUAACUUUUCCACGAUUGUGCAAUAUGUUCUCUUUAAUACGGUGACAGUUUCACACAUGUCAGCCAUGAUCUUGAUAAAUAAAACACGAAUUUCAGACACUAA